AUGCAAGCUUAUACGUACCUGGUGCUGGAAAACAAAUUACAUAUCAAGUGGUACCUUGAAAGUUUAAAUCGCAAGGUACUUUAUCUCAGGUAACAUCAGGUAAGAGAGGAGAUACCAAAGUCUGCUUUGUUGGUGAAGUUCAACUUAAUUUUGUGAUGCAGGAGACCGCAAGAGACAUAGUAGUUGUUUGUUGAUUCUCGCUCAUAGCAACUUGGCCGAUAAAACCUGGACACUAAAGUAGACGUCAUACAUCCACAACAAAGAUGGCGGACGAAGAGGUCGGAUCAACACAUUAUGCAGAGGAAAGGUGGUCGUUGUUGAAUUCGCUCAAAUGUACGGUAGAAAAUAUUCUUAUGUCCAAUUUUGAAAAUGGCCAAGUUACUACAGGUAGUUCUCCCCAUGUUGAAUUUGAUUUGGAGCGCAUUUUUGAGCAUGGACAACGCAAAAAUCAAGUAAGGAUUUCCCUUUUAUUUUUGUUGUUUCCUUAUACGUUUCAGACGAAGAUGCGUUUCAGAUUCAAGCAAGUGUACAUGAAAGACCAUCUUUUGGGGUUAAAGAUCACAAAUUGGCUACAAUUAGUUGCAAAUUUAUAGUAAUUUCUGUGUUUGGUGAUUUCUUCCUUCCUACAGUUGUAAUUUUGUGUUCAAUACACACUCAGACAAGGAUAUUUUUUAGCCAAAGAAAAUACGUGUCUACGUUCAAUUCAUUAGUAGUUAACAGAAGGAACGAGAAAAACUGAGUAUGGAAAGCUGAAAUGAAGUGUUAAUUUUUACAAGUAAUCAAAUGAUGUUUCAUGCAAUUUGGAAACAUGAGCUAGUUUACCUUUCUGAAGACUACAGGUGGCAGUCGCCCAGAUUUAUUCAAUUUUGCAGUAUUUUAAAAGUUUAUGUAUGCUUAUUUAUUUUAAGUUGUACUUGAAAUCCAUUAGUUGACUUUGUAGAUGCUAAUUUCCUAGAGUAAUGAGAAGAUCUAUUCAUAACAUUACAAUGAACCGUGUCUGUUGAGGCCUAAUUUUUCAUUGGUCUGUAGAAUGUUCUUCAAAAAAGGAACAGUGUGUCAUAAGCUUUGCUGUGUGUAAUUGAUAUUGUAUUUAUUGAGUUUCAUCUUCUAUUUAUCAAAAGAGAACUGGUCAAGACAAGGGUGAGAGAAAUACAAUGGUUGUAGUUUCCCCAUUUGAUGAAAGUGUUCAAGGGGAUCUCACUGAUGCUAUUGAAGACAUAUUAGAGAAAUUCCAUCAAGCUUUUCUUGGUUGCUCUCUGUCUGCCUCCAAUUUGUCUCAGCUGGUUAACAACAGGAAAAAAAUUAAUUGCUUGUACCAAGGUGAGCUUAAUUAAAUGGUAUCUGAAAAGGUGCACAGUGGAACAUGUAUUAAGUUGUCACCCAUGAGGAAUGGCAAGAUGACUCAGUAGUUAGGAAACUGAUUGUUUAAUACAGGGUGAUAGCUUAAUAGGGUGCCACUUAAUACAGGUUGGACUGAAUUACUUAAUGUGUUCUCCAAUUUUCGUAAGUAAAAGAGUAACGAGCUCUUCUGUAAAACUUUUAAGUUAUUUUUUUAUGUCAAGUUUUAGUUUUUAUACAGUACCAAAGUCAGUUGUCUAAAAAUAUCCUUACCUUUUUCCUUUCUGCAAAACUUGCCUCUCUUUGUGAGUAUUUAAAGCGUUUAAAUGAAUAUAUUUUACCUACAGGAAACGAACAUGCAAUGUUGCAGAGAGUUUUAUUUAUGGUUUUUUAUAUGUUAUCUAGCUUCUUGAAAUAUUGGUUUUAGGGAAAUUCAGCACAGGAUGACUCAUUUUUUGUUGAUUGAUAAUUCAUUAAUGUUAAUUAACAUUGGUAUUACAUAACACAUUAAUUAACAUCAUCCAAAUCUUUUCAUGGGAUGCUUCUAUACUGGAGACACUUACACUCAUUCUGAGUCUGCCUUCUGAAAGGACCUUCCACUACACUUAGUCGUCUAAUGGAGGAUUAGUCUAACUAACAUAAUGGAGCUCUUAACUUUACUAUGAUUGUGAUAGUUGAUGAUAGCAUACAAAUUGAUACAAAUUGAGGCAGUAAUGGAAGUCAGUCUAUGUUUGUUGACAAGUUCAAUGAACUGAAUUUUUUAGAGCAGUCUAGCUUAUAAUUAUAAUAAUAAUAAUAAUAGUAAUAAUAAUAAUUACUUUAUUGGAUAACACAGUUACCGGUAGAACCAGUAGUUCUCAUUGUGGUCCCCUAAAACUUCAAAUUCAAAUAGCAAAAAUGCAAAGAAAAAAUACAGUUAAAAAUUGAAAAUUAAAAAUUGAAUAAAAAUUUCUGCUUACAGUAAAAUUAUCAACUCUGGAGUUCCAAUCUAUAUAUUUUCUUAUAAAGUUGAUUUUUAAAUUUACCAAGGGAAGUGAGACCCCCUAGUGGCACCAUCUAGGUCAAUUACCAAGUAAAGAAAGAAGAAAGCAACUCAACCCAUACCCCUCCAAAAAAUUAAUCUUGCAUUAAUAGCAAUUGCCUAUGUUUUUGUUUGGUAUGCAAGAGAAAUAGAGGAAUAGAGGGAAAAUGUAUGUUAAGUACAUGUUUAGGAUGAAAGUAAUGUGACAUUAUGUUUUUUUUCUUAUUUGUAUGUUUUAGGACAUUGAAAAGUCAAGGAAAUCAUAGCAUUAGGGUUGUAGUGCAGUAUUUUGAUUUGACCACAGCUAUUAGACUCACAGCUAUACAGUAUUGUACUCGUAUGGUACACUACCUUCUGUAAUGUGAUGUUUUGUUUUUUUGAAAUUUUGUUGUAAUUUCUUCAGUUCUUUUUUACUUAGUUCUAGAUCACAGAAAUGUUUUUAAAAGAAAAAAUAGGCACAUGUGUAUCAACCAUACAUACUAUUUAUUUUCUAGACUAUGCAUUUCUGAGAAGCAAUCCACAUGUAGAGGCAAUGUGCACCUGUAUACAAGCUUUAGAGAAUGGUGACUUUCAGCUGCUUACUAAAAUUGAUAACAUUCUGGUGAGUGCUAUUUACACUGCAUUAAUUUAAGACACUAAAUGAUGUUUAAUGGGAGCAAAUUAUUAAAGAUUUCGUCUUUUGAACUUUCAGCUGAACAAGAAAAAGUACGUUGAUCUGUGGUUGCAGGGAAGUGUGAACUUUAACACUGGUUUACUUCAGUCCUCUAUCAUAGACAAAGACAUCCAGGGAAAAGAUGUUGAAGAGCUUCCUUCAUCAAACAGCUCAGGUUGCAGUAGUGAAAAGGACUUCUGUCAAAAUGUCUCAUUAUACAAUUCUCCAGAGGAGAGUAACAUUGAAAUAACUGAUGAAUCAGUUUACCCUUCAGUUGGUUUGCAGGAAAACCUGCAAUAUUGCCCUGGGUCUGGCCAUAACUGUUCAUAUUUACCGACAAACAUAAAUGAUCAAACUCUUGGACAUCAAUGUUUAUCAAGAAGUGGAUCCCAUACAGAGCAGAUAGUAAGAGAAAAUGUCAAAGUAAAUUGGUCUUCACAAGCUUCUACAACUUUUGGACCCUUGAAAACAAGGGAUAGUGUAAGAGCAACUUUAGCUUAUGCAGCACUGUCUGCUGUAAUGGAAAGUGAUGAGGGUAUUCCUUACACUGCAAUGUGGCUGGAUGCUACUGAUGACAAAAAAUCAUGCAAAGUCAGAAGGGCAAGCACUGGUAGUCUUAACAAAUAUUUUUUGCACUCUCAAAGUGACAAAUUAAUAAACAAUGGGAUGUUAGAAGCAGCCAACCUUGAAACUAACUCAGCAGGAUCAUGUGGCAAAAAUGUUAACAGCUCUACUGAGUCUGUUACAGAAUAUCAAACUAGGAAAGCUAUUGGACACAAUAGGUCAAAGUCAGAUCAGCUUGGUGUGACACAAAUUCAGAAGCACGAGUUCAUUAAUGAUCUGGCUCUAAGUGGUGGAAACAAGGAGAAUUCCUGCAGUGAUCUUAAUAGAUUGUCAUCUUCACUUCCUGCUACAUCAGGUGAGAAUUUGAAGCAAUUCUUCAUUCUUGGCAUGAUGUUACCAAUACCUUGUGGAACUAUUCAAUUUUUCUUGUAGAAUCUCUGUACUGCAUUGACCCAUACAUGGAUGAUCCUUAUCAAGAAAAAUCACUGGCAACACUUCUAGCAUCACAGGAUUUUAGUUCUUGUGAAUUAGACAAGGUAUUUGCCUCUAACAGCAACUGUUUUAAAAUUUAAUUUCAUAUAGCAAAAGAUUCAAAAACAAAAGCAGAAAAUGAUAUGCUAACAUAGGAAAAGUUUAUGUGACAGGCAUUAAACUGGACCACCUAUCAGUGAUGAAAAGAUGAUAAAGAGCUGGCUGCCAGAUACAGUGAAAACCCAUUUAGAAAAAACUGUUUUUGCAUUUUUCUGUAAAUCUACCAAACAUAUACCUGCAUUCAAAGUGACAGAAAUUAUUGCCAACAAGCCUUUCCAGCAACUCUGAAAAUUUUUUGUGGGAUCACAUAUAUGACACAAUUUAUUUAAUAACCAAAAUUUGUUGUCUGCAUAUCCUUUUUUUAAAAAAAAUCUUGAUAUUGGGCAAGCAAUGAAUGAAAUCCAUAUUUCUAUUUUCCACUUCUUCACUGGUGUGGUUAUGGCUGUGAUUUGUCUUCAUUUGAAUGUGUUCUUUUACAGGAGAAUGCCCAUUUUAGUAUAUCUGAAGCACUGAUUGCAGCAAUUGAACAGGUGUGAAGUCACUUAAUAUGUGCAACUUCUUUAUUUCACUAUUUCAUAUUCAUAUUUUAAUACCUUAUAGAAGUCACGGCCUUCAUAAGUUAAACAAAUUGUAUCUUUCUACAUGUUUAGGAAUGUUGUAUUUCAUAUAAACAGUGUAGUGUACUGUGGUAGUGUCUAAAUACAUUCAUUAAACAAAAGUUGGCAAAAUCUUUCACUGUGAGUUUUUAAAGGAGAUGCAUACUCUAAAAAGCAAUUUUUAUUGCCACUUUUAAAAUGUACAGGUAUGUUUCAAUUCUUUUAAACUAAGCAUGUUUUUAGACUCCAAAAAGUAAGCCCACUUUUUUUUAAAAUUCUUCAAAAUAUUCAACUAAAAAUACCAUUUUGUGCACUGCUUUGUAAUUUGCGUACCAAUCUGUGAAAUCUUCCCUGGCCCAGUUGUUGAAAGGGAGGAUAUUGCUAACCAACAGAUAAAUCACUAUCCAGCAGAUGACUGUAAACUAAACAUACUGGACCAUCCACCACAUAGGGAUUCAUCCAGUGGAUAAAAUUAUCCACCAUUUGAAAAAAGCAGAACCAGUUCUUGUACAUGUUAGUUUUGGAUGUGUAUAGCUAAGAUACAGAGUUUUUGUUGUUGGUGGUUGUUUUUAAAAUGGCAUCCUAAGGAUAGGACUUAAACCUAUUUGAAGACAGUAUUUUAACAGUUAGCUUGUACAUUGUUUUGAAUGGUAGGAAUUAAAAUCAUACAUGUACAUGGUUUGGAGAGUAUAAUUCUUCAACAUGAUGAUGCUUUCUUAAUCUGGGUCCUAGAGUUUUCUCGAUUUGAAUGAAUUUAUGUUGUGUAUUAUCUCUAGUAUAUUGUGAAAUGAAAAUUUUAUUGAAUGAGAACCUGGUCACUUGACUGAAUUUCAUACAGAUGAAGUGUGAUGCUGUCAAUGCAUCAGAGGAGGAGGAGGAGGAGGAGGAGGAUGAAGAAAUCCUUUACUUGAAGAAAGAACUUGAGAGAAAGAGGUGGGAGAAAAGGCAAAGAAAAAAUUUGCAAGAACAGGCUGCCUUUAGUGAUGAAGCCACCCAAUCUACAGCCUCUGAACCCAGCAUGCAGACAAACUCUUCAAGUGAGUCAUUAUAAUAGAAAAAAAAAAAAAACAGAAGUACCCAAAGAUUAAAUUCAAUUAUGAGUCAAUACUCCUUUCUCAGCAAUACAAGAUUCUGCGAUUCCCAUAAAUUUUACAAAGUGUUAUUGAAUUGAAACAACAAAAUUAAAGUUCAUGGAGGAGAAAUGCUACAAUUCAUCACUGACCAGAACGAUGGUUAGAUAUGCAUCUUGAGUACUGCAGUAUUGGUUGAAUCCUGUUUAUUACUUGGCAGCACAUAUAUGUGUAUAUCUUGAACUUGCAAUAGUUUUAUGAGCUACAUGUAUUUGUAUUAGUAUAAGUAAAAACAUUAUUUUGAGUGUAAUUUGGUGUUAAUAAGCACAAGUAAAUUUUUCAAAGCCAUUAAAAUUGCAUGAGCCCAUAGGGCAAGUGCAAUUUAUAGUCUUAAAGAAUUUCAAGGGCUUAUUUACACCAAAUGGCACUUGGGUUACAAGUUUGCAUUUGUGUUACAUGAAAUAUAAUUUAGUGUGCAAAUGUUACCAGACACUUGGCUUCUGUAAGAGGAUCUCAAAAAAUAAAGUAUCCUGUCCAGAAUUUUCAAGUGAUGUAUAUGCAUAGUGAACAAGAAUCAUGAAUGGACCUGACUGUUCUAGCUUAUUUUAAUUCAGCUAAGAUUUUUCAGAACUUAGAAUAACUAAUGAUUAACUGUAAGGAAAAAGAUUCUUUGAGCUGGUGAUUGAUUUUGUUUGUGUGGCACCUGACAUCAAACACAUUACUUCUAUUAUCUUUGAUACUGUACUGUAAUUAUAAAAAAAGCUCAUGUGAUAUGGAAGAAUUACUGCUUGUCAAAGCAGUACAGUGAUCUAUUAGCAUUAAAAUAAUAUGGAGAAUUGAUUGAACAAGGAGAGAAGAGGCUUUCAUUUCUUUGUAUUUCUUGGUGUUUAGUUUCCUAUUGAAAGAUUUUUUCAAAUGAAUCAAGAAACUGUUUUGGAUUGGGGUAUUCUUUUGAGUGAAUAUUAAAAUGAAGUGCUUGGCUUCUAAGCAACAAAAAUAUAUUUGACAUUUGAGUUAUCAAAAAAAUAUAUGUGACGUUUGAGUUAUCUGGGUUCAAGCACUCUCCCUCUGUAAAAAGGUUGUGUGUUAAAAAAAUUUGUCUCAAUGGUGCCCAUUUUGAAUAAUUGUCCCAAAAAAAAUGUACUGACUUUAUGAAACAUGUCACAACUAAUUGUUUUUACUUUAACAGCAAAUCAAAGUGUUUUGUCUCAUUUAGGGUCUGUAUUUGACAGUGAAGAUGAGCUCAGUACUGAGUGGGAAGAACUAAGUCCAACAGAUGAACAAUUUCAGGAAAACAAUGAAUUCCGUACAUCCAAUGCUAUACCCUCUUAUCCUAGCUCUGUGACAGACACUGUAUUAGACUCAGUGCAUAAUCCAAAUUCCAAGCUGCACUAUACCCAGUUGUCUGCUGAAGCAGUAGCCAAAAGCUUGUUGCAGAAGUUUGCCAACCAAAAACACCCAGCAGCAUGGGAACUGCAAUGGUUAGUAUCAUUUCAAGAUGCUCCUCAGUCCUUGCUUCCUCUACCAGAUACUGUGGCUGUGGCACCAGAUGAUAUCCUUCAAGUUGAGGCACUAGAGAAUAAACUAAUGUCCAGACAAAACUCAUUGCCAGUGAGUACUAAAUCAUCCAUAACUAAGGUGUCAUUUUAAGACAAAGGUUUGAUCAAGGCUUGUCAAGGAAACCAAGAUAAUAAUAUGGAGGAAUGAGGGUUGAAAUGGAGUAGUAAUGAAAUAGCAAUUCUGUCCAUUAUGUUGUGAAUAAGAAGUUACCAAUAGAAAAUUUUCUUGUGCACUGUAUAGUGAUCUAACCUCUAUGUUAUUAUGUAUGUCGACAUGUAUGUAAGAACAAGUGGUUGAUUAACAUGGUUGUUAAAAAACAAUGCAUCUUUCAAUUUCAGAGCCGUAUUCGGGGAAACUCAGAAUGGGCCCCUCCACGGGCACAGAUUAUUUUUCAUACUCAUAAACCACCUAGGUAUGUGUCCUAUAUAUUGAACAGUUUGGAGUGUUACCUAUUUGUGAGAUGAGCAAGCCAUUUAGGCCUGUAUGAUAUGGGAUUUAUUACAACCAACUUGGUGCUACAUGCCUGGUUAGCUUUACCAUCUAAUAUCCAACACAAACUCAAAGAGUAACUUUUAAAUAGUCAAAAACUAGGUGAUCUGUGUUAAAUUAGCAUUGCAGUAAAUUUUUGUGAUGGAAUAGUUUCUUUAGGGAACCAGUAAUAUUUUUAGGCAUUUAAAAGAAGGGACUAGCUUUAAUUGAGUUUGAGUUGUUUAUUUAAUAAUACUCCACACUGUGUUUGGCAAAUUCAAAUAUUGCUAAGAUUCUUCCUGUCAUCUAAGCUCUUCAUAUGGUUUUACAAUCAUAAGCUAAAUAUAUAUGUCAAGAAAGAAAAGAAAUUCCACAGAUUGAAGGGUAAAUAUUGUAUGAAGAAAUUAAAGAAUGUGUAAAUACAGGAUUUUGCUUGAUAAUAAGGUUGUCAAAAAACGAACCAAAUUCCAACUUCAGUGGCUGCUGCAGCAUGUUUCGUGGGCAAAUUUUCAGCUCUUGUAAAUUUGAAGUAAAAAAGAAGCCAAUGCCUUUAAAGUUGCAUCAGAAAAUUUUUUAGGAAAAGUGGUUCUUUAUUUUGGACCAAAGAGAGAUAAAUUCAAGAUUCCAUUGUGGAUUUAUGGUCUUAAAAGCCUUACAGAUCAGUGCAUCUUGCUUUCUUUCAAAAACUGUGUUUCAAUUACGUAAAAUUAAUUGUGUGCUUGGAAGGCAAGGGCUGAUUAUUAUGAUUGAUAGACCAAGGUAACUAAUUUGUGCCCAAAUUUCAGGAGAAAAAAAAUGUAUGAGACAGCAAAACUUCAGAUGUGCUGGUUGUGGUAUGGCAGUCUCUCCAGGCAAGUUGUUAAAAAAAGCAUUAUUUAAGUUCUUUUUAGUAUCUACAGAAAAAAAAGACUUUCUCUUUAUAUCUUAAUUAUAUCAGUAGGCCACUUAGGAGCCCUUACCAGAAUCUUGGUCCUGAAUUUGGCAAAAUUUGCUCUGAUGAAGGGCUAAUGCUUCAAGCAUCAGCUUUCAAACUCAUUGCAGUGGCAAAUUUGUUAUCAAUUCCUAUAUGCUAGUAUACAUGCAUUUUGUUCAUUUUACAGCCUCUUCAUUAAUUUCUCAGAGUUAUGACAGAGAAACUUUCAAAAUACUGCAGAUUCCCUUAUUUGAUAUUUAGACCACAUGUGCUUGUCCUUACUAUUUUCAGUUACUGUUUUCAUAUAUUUUGUUUGAAUUUUUGAUUGUUUACCUUUUUCUGUUGGGGUUUACAAUAUACUUCAGUCAUUGACUUUGCUGGAGAACAUGUGGACUCUACUGGAAACAAUUGUGAGACUGAGAAAAAUUAUUUUUCUAAUAAAUUGAUGUAGCAUAUACCUCAUGUCCCUGUAGUGGACACAAAGUCCUUGUUUGCAGAGUUCUUGCUGCUUAUCAGUAGUUUGGAUUUACAAAUUUCUGUAUUUUAAAUAAGUAGUGGUUUUUUCCUUUAGAUUACAUGAGGCGAUUUCGGUACUGCCACUACCUGGGAAAAUAUUUUUGUAGUACUUGUCAUAACAAUGUAUUGGAAGUGAUCCCUGCUAGAGUCUUAAGAAAAUGGGACUUCGCCAAAUAUCCUUUCCAUCUGAAAUAUAAUUUAAGUACUUUUUCUUAUUAUGUUAGGAUGAAGAGUUAAUUAAUUGGUUUUAAAUGUUUCUUAAGCCACUUAUUUAUACAGAAGUUCCAGCAGCACCAUUUAAUGAUUUUAUUUAGCCAUUCUAUAUCAUGUGGGAACACUUCAUUGAGGUUUGGUAUAGACAAAGUAAUCAGACUAAACAAUAUGUAUUUUGUAUUUCAAGCUUGUAUGCCCUUUUUUUGCAAAGAAUAUUGGAAUCAAUUCAUUAUUUUGUCAAAAUACACCUAGGAAAUUUUGAUUGUGCUUAAUCUUGUUCACAAAAUCAAGGAGUCUUCCUUUUCCAUCAAGAAAAUUUUCAACCUUUGCUCAAGAAGGAAAUAACACUGGAGAGGUGUUUUUUGUAUUCAAAUCUGUACUGAUCCACAUGCUUGUACACAGACAUUGUAAGUCUAACUAAACAUAAUUUGGAAACACUAAAAGCCUUGUUCAAAUGGUCAUGAUAGCUGAUGAUAGUUUCAACUAUUGUGCUUGUUUGAAUGUGAACUAUCAUGCACUAACAUUCACUACCAUCAACUAUCAUCAACUAUCAUGUAGUUUGGACAUGUUAAAAUUUGACAUGAUAAUUGAUGAUAGUUUUUGCCAUUUGAAUGAGUGGAUGAUAGUUUUUUUGGUCAGUAGUUUUGCUUAAAAAAGGGGCUCAAACAAUAAAAAGUAGCCACCAAAAAUUUGCAGAAUGUAGUAAGUACAUUUCCAACUGUUUGGGGCAUAGGAAUAUCACAAUUUUAAGAGGGGUUCCAAAUAAACUGAUUACACAAUAAGUGUUUACACUGGUAGGUUCAGCUGCACUUUCUCUCACCCUUUCUCAGAUAAUUAUGUUCCUGUUGUAUCAUGCAUAUGUGAUAUAGCCUUGUUCAUUUUAUGACACAGUUUUGUUUAUUCCACAAACUUUUGUUCAUUCAUUGGUUUCAAGUGUUGCAUGGUUACAGCAAUGAGUGUCUUUAUAAUGGUACCCAUUCACCUCGCCACCAAAGUGUAAUCAAUCUUGUCACUAAACAUAAUGAUCCAGUAGCAAUUGAUGUAAUUGUAUUAAGUGUAGCUAGAGGAUGUUGGAUUAAACAAAUAUAGGUUUGCUUGAGCUUGUUGUUAUCAGGUAAAAAAUUAACAGGAUCUCCUUGUGAGCUUUAAAAGCAGUCUUGUUUUGUUGAUGAAAAAGUGCAUGCCAUCACUGACAUUUCUUGUCGAUCUUGUUAUUCAUUUGUUCAAGUAGAAAGUUACAGUCAAUUUGGCUUACCUUUCCUUUCAUGAACACUCUAAAUAUUCUCAGGCUAGAAUUCAUCAUUCAGUAGUCUGUUUGAUAUCUUCUUUAGUCAGAUCAAAUUGGUGGCUUUUUAUUGUUUCUGCCAUCUCAAAAGAACUACUGAGCCUUCAGCACAGUUUUGCAGUAUUCCUCAUGGGAUUCUAAUGGCAAUGUUUGCAAGACUCCAGAUGAAACUUAAGAGUCACUUAUAGCUUUGAAUUUAUACCAAAUUAGCUAGCGACCUUGGUGGCCAGUUUACUGAUGGCAACUUGGUGGUGGCAAGAUUGCCUUGGUGGCAAGCUCACUGGUGGCAGGAUGACUGUGUACCUUAAUAAUGAGUGUCUUUAUAUUGAUAAGUUUUCAUAAACAGGUUAAUCAUGUACAAUGUUCACUAGAUUUCUAAUCCUGUCAAUGUUGCAGACCAAAUGUGUAAUUUAUUUACUAUGUGACAAUGUGUGUACACCGUAACAAAAGAUUGUGAUUAAUCAGGUAGCUCUGAACUCAAGAUGUAGUUUAAAUCUAUAAAUUUUGUCAGCUUUUGAAACCAUUCUCCUCUUUUACCUAUGUUUACUGCUGUUUCACUGGGUUUCCAUAACUUGACAUCAGAUAUGAGGUGUCUAAUUUUGCACGUGACUUACUGCACAGGAUAUGCUUUGAUCCUUUGUUUAAUCUGAUGGAUCUCAAUCCCUCAUUAUACAAGCGUAUUCGAGUUCUAGAACGAUUGAAGGUAAUUUGGUUCACACUAAUGAUCUAUUUUUUUCUUUAUGUAUAUCGUGCCUGAUGCAAUAUUUUAUCUCUUGUCAGGAUGUUCGUAGACGACUUCACUUUUUCAAGUCCUUUAUUCAAACAUGCCGUAAAGCUGAAGAGUAAGGGUCAUUCUUUAAAAGAAUCAUAAGAUACUAGAAACUUUGGCUCAUCUCUUAGAGGGUAAAACAAAUUACUAGCAGAAAAAAAGUUUUAUUGGUUAUGAGCAGGGUGUAGAAUGUUGAAGAUGCUGGCAAUCCCAGUAUUUCUUUCAUGUGUAUUUUGUAUUUGUUCUUGGUUAAAUACUGAGUUUGUGGUUCAAGCACAAAUCAAGUAUGGCUGGGAAAACUGAGGGUUUUCAUUAAGUGUUAUAUGGGUACUGAAGAUGUGACUAUAGUUGGGGAAUUUUCCACUUGCACAGUCCAACUGCAUAAGCCAUUUGCCUUGAAGUGACCAGUGAAGACUACUACUAACAAAGUCUAAUUGAAGCAUACAGGGAAAUAUAGUACCUUGGUGGUUUAUUCAUGAACUUUGCUGCCUUAAUUGCUCCUUACUGUCAUGAUCUUGGUUUACCCCAUCAGGGCCUGCAUGCUUAGUUGUAGUAAGAAGAAAAUGUAUCACUUGGCAGCGUUUCAAUACUAACAAUGCAUCUGUUUUUCUUCCUUUCCACCAACUUUUCUGUUUAUUUGUAACUCCAAAAUUGUAUCUCAGAUUCUUUGAAUUUGUCUUUGCAGAUUAGCUGAAGAGUUCAACAAGAUUCCAGAUCAUAUUUGUGGAGAGCCUCAUGUUUAUUCCCUACACGACCUUUUGCAGGUGAUUUGAAUGUGUUUUAAAGAACAUGUAAGAGUGGAGUCCACUUAGAGGUCCUACAUGGUGAUGUAGCUGAUUAUGUAUGUUUCAGUAUAAAGAACAAAAAUGAAUUGGUUUUAUGAUGAAUUCUUCAACAAUGGUUGACCUUGGAAGCUUGUGCAUGGGUUAGGAACAUGGAAAACAGAAGUACAUUGAUCAUGGCAGUCAUGGGAGCUUCUGUAUACUGGCAACUCUAUACCCAAAUAUGGAAUGCACCCAAAUAAUUUAUGGUUAAUGGACUUGUAUUGUGCAAUAUUUUAACAGAGUUGCUAGGAAUAAUUAUUGUGUGGUAUUGGUGCAUGUAGUUUUUACAAUUCAUUCUUAAUGAAUUUAGCUUUGCUUAUUAAAGUUUGAUGAUAUAAAUAACUGUUUGGCAGAGUAGCAUAAUGAAACUUAGUGUCGGCUUUCAUAAUGCCUAUAAGUUUUAUUUUGGCAAUAGUAGAAGACUGAACAGUGAUGGAAGUACUGUCAAAAGGACCAGUUCUCAAAUGGGCAAACAAUUGAAAACUGCAUGAGUCUCCUGGAAUGGAGGAAAAAGCUCUUUCCUUUCUCCAAAGGUUUGAAGACAAUUUAAGCAGAUCCAGGUCUAGAGAUCAGAAAAUUCUCUAGAAAGUGACGUUAUUCAAAGGUGUUCUCAAGAAGUGGGAAAACCAACUAGAGAAACUGGAGGAACAUGGCAAACCUAGAGGGAACAAACUUGUUGCAGCUACUCGGUACAAGGUUGUUACACAAGUUGACAUGCAAAAAUUUGCAUGUCAACUUGUGUAACAACCUUGUAAAAAAUAAUAAUAAACAGCACAAAAUAGAGACAAGUCACAGAAGCAUGUGGAUGGCCAGAAGAUGAGAAAGACAUCACACUCAGAAAUGCAAUUCUCCUUGGGCUCUGGUGUAUUAAAAGUGUUUGGAAGAAAACUAGGAUAUUCUUGAGGUGGAACAGGUCAUUGUGAUUGCUACAGACAUCUACAACAGUGAUUCUCAGAGAUCAUAAUGCCAACUCUCAGUAUGGUGUCAACAGCAGUCACAGCCACACAGCAAAGAUCAAGUGAAGUUCACAAUCUGCAAGAAAACCAAUAGGUCAGGAAAACUAUGUAAGGAUGACACAAUGAAGACGCUCCAAAAAGAAUAGACUUGGAGAGAAAGUAAUCCUUCCAAAAGCUAAGUAGAGCUAAACCUGCUCAUCUCAGAUCUAAGCAUCCAGCCAGAGAUGUGGUAUGUCACAACUGUAGAAAAAGAGGCAGUACAUGAAGUGUUGCAAAUCCAAGGCAAAACCAAGUAAGAAACAAUCCAAGCCAGUUAUCAGCCAACUCCACACCACUGGAACUGCUAGAAUAACACUAGAAUUAACCAACAGUUUCACCAUUUACAAAGGUAUCACAUCAAGAGCAUUAAUGCCCUUUUAAGCAGGCGCGUCAAGCCACUCUGGUUGAGCUCAGCUGAUAGGGAACUUAUUUGCGAUGUUGAAUGUGAGAUCAACUUGAGUGCUGGGGAAAAUGCACUGUCUUUGUGUAUGUGUAAUUUUUUUGGAGUUGAGGAACUCAUAUGCUGUAUCUCUUUCAGUCCAAAUCUUAGGAUAUAGAGAUGUGGUCAAAGGCUUUGAUUGCCAGAAUGUAAGUAGCACAUUCAGGUCAAGCCUGAUGCUUAGGUGGUGCAGUACCUGUCCAGGGCAGUAUGCAAGAAGAAAAAACAGGCUUACAAAGGCAAGCUAGAUAGAUUUUGUAGCUUAGGAAUUAUCAACCCUUUGAGGGAUGUGGAUGAAUGGAAAAAAGGUCAAUCUGAAAAAACUGCUGUUCAAGUCAACCAAAUGUACCGGUACAUUUUUAGGCCACAUCUUGACACUCAAAGGUAGAAAGACUUACAGUAGAAAAGUGGAUGCCAUAAAGCAAAUGAGUGCACUGAACAAAAACAAGUGUCUUCAGAGUUUUCAAGGCAUGACCAAUUAUUAGAAAUGUUUUUCUCUCAAUUUGAUAAAGCUCUCUAAGUUCUUUAAGCCUUUUCUCAGAUAGAAAGUUGAAUGGAGGUCUAUGAAGAGUGGAAGCCUUUGUGGUAAUGGAAGACAAACUAGGAAAGACCCCAGUGCUUGCAUAUUUCAACUCUAAAGCUGUACUUGUCAUUCAGACAGAUACAUCUUUGAAAGGUUUGAGAGCAGUGCUGCAACGGGAAGGUACACCAGUAAUCUUAGUACUAUAAACUGACUCCUGCUGAGUAGCCCUAUUCCAACAGUGAGAGAGAACUAUUAUGAGUUGUGUUUCCUAUGAAGAGACUGCUCAAUUAUGUGUUUGGUGAACUGAUUAGAGUUCAAAUAGAUAACAAACCAUUGGAGGCUAUUUGGAGGAACAAUAUCUUUAAUGCAAGUUCAAGACUUCAAAGGUCACUUCCAAGGCUUGCUCUGAGUGAAAUCCAUGUGGAGAACAUCAAGAAAUGUGCUCACUCAACUAAAAUACCUCUCUGGCUGGAAACUACACCCAUAGUUUGGCAAACUUGAAGCCAAAAGUAAAGAAACAUUCAAAAAGUACUUUCAUAAAACCUUAUUUAACUCUCUAAUUGCAUGAAAAAUAAUUGAGAUGCAGUGAUAAAGCCAUUUCAUGGCAGUUUUGUCAACUAUGGUAUAUUCAACAAAUCAGUCACCAUAUUCUUCUUCUCUUAUUUCACACACAACAAAAUUGUACCGUUCAUAAAAGAGGGUUGUAGCUUAAAAUGCAAACUUGGAGUUAAGAUCUCAAAAAAAAAGUUAUGCUAUAAAAACUGGGUAAAAUGUUUUUUUUUUGUCUUCAUAUUUUUAGUUUCGUACCAAUGUUCUGAUAUUUGGAGUACCACAACUACUGCAGCGACUUCCAUCAUUCAAACUAAUACUUUUUAAUAAACAAAUAUCACCUGAGACUGAUGCCAAAGACCUAGGUGUUCAGCUGGAUGCAAACCUCAGUUAUAACAAAGAUAUUACUAAGAGUGUUUCAAACUGUCUUUUUAAGUUGAAACAAAUCAGUAGAAUUAAACAUCUUAUAAAUAGGAAAAUGCUGUUGCUACUUAUGAGUGCCUUGGUUUUUAGCAAAUUAUUAUCUUGCUCAAGCAUCUGGAGCAAUACCAGCAAUAUCAGCAUUGACAAAUAAGAAAAAGUUCAAAACUUUGCCAGAAAAUUGUUCUGGGGCCUAGAAAAAAUGAUUGUAUUUCUGUAGGACUAAAGCUCCUUUUUAAAGAUGUACUUAAAUUGACUGAUGCAGCUAUGAUUUUCAAGUGCAUUAAUAAUCUUCCCCCGGAUUACCUUGCAAAUAAGUCUAGGCUACAUUCUUGUGUUCAUGACAGGCAAACUCAAUUAGCUAGUACCUUGGAUAUACCUUUUUGCCACCUUUCAGCUGGUCAGAGGUCUCUUGCUUAUAGAGGAGCAAAACUGUAGAACUCAUUAAGCAGCAAUCUUAAGUGUUUAAAAUGUUCCUAGAAAUUUAAGCAUUGAUUUACUAAGCUGUUAUUAGGUUAACUUCAUUAUUCAUUAUUUUUAUUCUAAUAUAUAUAUUUAGCUGUAACAACAGUCUUAUAUUCUUUAAUUUGUUUUAUUUCUUUUUACCAUUUGUAUUGAUGCUGAAAAACCCAUUUAGGGAGUUUCAAUAAAGAUCUGUAUCUGUAAUGUAGAAGGCAUACUUGAAUUUCUUCCAAUAAGCAUGCUGAUCAACAGGACACUAAUAUAUAAAGGGUAUGCUUUCUCAAAAACAGUUGAUUUUUUUGUUGUGGGUCUGUGACAUUUUCCUUUGACAGCAUCAGAAGAGUUGCACUCACAUUGAACUUGAACUGAUUUAGUUAAACAAGAGGAAAACAACAUUGAGUCAUUAAAUGUUCAAUUGUAGCAGCCUAAAGACCUAAAGAAUAGUAUUGAGUGCCCUUAAAAAGCUAAAAUGACCAGCAGGUUCAUCAUUAAGAUAUACUUUUUUUCAAUUGUUAGGUAACAAUACAAUUAGAAUGAAACUAUUUUAUUUUUAUUUAAUUGGUCUGUAUCUUGCAGGUGCAUGAUGGGGACUUACACCAAUUUUUGAAUAAGUUAGCAGUAGAAUCUCUUAAUCACAUCAAUCAUUGUCAGGUAUGACAAAUAAUAAGGCAAGUUGUAUUGGUAAAAAAACGCUCUUAUCUGAUUGGUAUUUUAAGUGUUCUUAUCUACCAAGCUCAUUUGGUUCAUACAGGGCCAAACUGUGUAAUAUCAAUUCUUAUUAAAGUAACGACUUCCUGUGGCAACCAUUUUAACCUUAAACAUGCCCAACUGGCUCUAGUAAGAACUUUUAAAGUGUGCAAACCAAUGUAAAUUUGAUUUGAGAAUUUAGCUUCAUGAAAGUCGUUGCUUGAUUUCCUUUCUAUUCUGCACUAACUUGUUUGCUUUUUGCGAUGUGAAAAGUUCAAUCCAAGGGUUAUCAGUGUAGAUGGCACACUUUGUUAGGACUGUUCACCUUACAUUACUCAGCUAAGACAAUCAAGUCAGUCAAUUUGUUGUCUACAAGUACUUCCUAUGAGACCCCUUUCUCACUGGUUAAGAGUGUCUCUAAAAUCACAAUUGCUUUUGAUGUAGAUAAAGAACCUGUGUUAGAGAUGUUGGUUAAUUUGAGUAUCAUAAUCUCUGUGAUUUCAUUGACUGAUGUUGUUUACCCUGUGUGCUUAUCCCUCUUGAGGAAAGUACAUAGGUCUUCUACUUGUAUUGUCUCAUCCCAAAUCAUAUUGAACUCAACCUUUCAUGUUUAAUGGCUGACAUUUUUGUUGCAGUGUACACAAUCCCCUGGUGACUUGCCCUUGUAGUUGGAAGUGAUUAUUUGAAAUUUUGUCAAAGACUUUUCGAAUUUGUUACAUUUGAAGACAGAGUAUGAAGUGAACAUGUUUUCAGGUGGUUCAGAUUUGUGGAAAAAUUCAGGCUGAAUUCAAACCAGUGACUAUCCUGCAAGGACAUUUCAGCAUUCUAACCUGUGACCUAUCAAGCAAAAUGGGAAUUGGUUGUGGUUUACUAAAACAACCUUGUUUUAUGAUACCCAUGUCCAUGUAUGGUUCCUGUUAUGACAUUAAAGGGGUUAAAAAGAAUAUUCAAUACAUACUCCCCAUAUUGUGCCAACUAUAUGCAUUCAAAUGGAAGCUAAUAUGUUUCACACAUAUAUGUGUGUGAAGUCGCAUGGAGCACUGGCCAGCAAACUACUGUAUUUUUCACAUAUUCAUAUUCUACAGGUUGUUACAAGGUUAAGGUGUUUUCAUAUUUUAUAGUUCUCUAGCCCCUUAACUGCAGUUCACCACUAAGUUUUUUUUUGUCUUUUCUUUUUUCAACUUUGUACAGCUGUGUCUUGCCAAAGGAUUUAUCUGUGAAUAUUGCAAGGAUGGGAAAGACGUCAUAUUUCCUUUUAUGCUGAACAGAGUUGUGCAAUGUUUAGGUGCAUUACUGUCCUAUAAUUUUUUAAACAGAGGCUUGGACUGUUAAAAUGUUAUUUGCUAUUUAUCCAAAGUUGAGGUCACUGUUGUUAUUCUCUGUCUCAGAAGGAAGCACCCUGUGUCAUAGUUUAGAUUGUUAAGUAUUGAGUGGAUGGGUAUUCAAAUUAAAGCUCCAUAGGUAGUUCUGCAAAAAGUUUCCUAUUGUAGUGAAUGCCCUGUUCAAUAUGGACACAAUUUACAAGGCAUUGCUUAAAAGACAGUAUCCAUUGAUCCAAAUACUGCUUGAGUGUAUUCACAGAUUUCUUUAAAAUUAUUCAGAUUAAACCAGGUUGUGGUGGUGCUAGUGCUAAUAUAUUAUGUUCUUUGUAGUUUGAAAGCUUCAUUCAAUUUUUUUUGUGUGGUCUUCUUGUUUGCUAAUGAUUGUUAGACCUCUUAAAUCAUUGCUCUACAUAGGCUGUCGGGCAUCAUUUCACAAGGAAUGUUUUGUUGAAGGCAAAUGCCCAAAAUGUGAAAGAAUACGUGUAAGGUAAAGUACAUGUUAUUGAUCUUUGUUGUAGAUUCAUAAUUGUUUUUAGUAAUGUGGUGCAGUUCUUAGGACUUUUUACUCAAAAACCUACUAUCAGUGUUGAUUGAAAUGGCACCAGAGAGUCAAAUUAAACAUAGCCAAAUGAAUAAAGGGGGCAAGAUUCUAAAGAAACUGUAGUGCUGCAUCAGUGGGGAAGUAUAACAAGAUAAUUGGGUAUUAUCAACUGUUGAUCAUGUAAAUUAGUCACUGUAAAGAGUUUUUAAGCUGACAUUUCAGGGGUUAUAGCCCUUUGCUCUUACAAAGGACUAAUGCAAGAUUGAGUGAAUAAUUUUCCCAAGUUUUACUUAAUUCCAGUCACAACAACAAACUGUGCAUGACACAUAUUAGGUUUCCUUUGAUCAAGGAAGUUGCAGUAUUAACUUUGUUACAAUGAGUGGCUAAAGUACUGGCACACUCUACUACUUUUUUUUCAUUGAUCUCCCCUCUCCUCCAUUUCAAUGUUGUUUGGUGAAAACAAAAUGGUCUCUGAUUUAUUUCAACAUUGUUUUAGGGGAAGGGGGGCUUUCAAGUUAAAUAUUAGGAAUAAAUUACAGGUCUGGAUUUCUGUUUAUUAUGUUGAGUGGGGGGUUGUUAACCACCUACUUAGGGGAGGCAUGAGAUAUGAUCCUUCUAAAAACAAGUAUGUUACUUGGAGGUAUUGAACAAGUGAUACUCAGCUUCUAAACCAACUUUACAGAGACCAGCAUGGUUUGUGAGGUUUUACCUAAGGAGGUUUUAGUUAGUUACUUACUUUCUUACACACUAACAUACUUACUUUUUUUUACCAACACACUGGUUAGCUUUACUGGUUAUGGUCAUUAAACUUGAAAACUGGAAAGGCAACCUGAUAAUGUUGUUCCUAGAAUGUUUUCAACAUAUUCAAGUAAUCCCCUUUGAACCAUCAUAACUUAUGGAAUAACGAACCAAAAUUGUUACUGCCCAAGUAUUGCCAAAUUUUCCCCCGUUCAAAAAAACCCUUCUAGACCAUAAAGCAAAUUAUUUUGGCAUUCUGGAUUUAAUGUGAAUAUGUAUGUAUGCCAAGCUCUUUUCUUUUCACCAGUACUCACUUAAACAUUGAAAUUUCUAGUCUAACACUUCAUCUAUCUUCAUCAGGAAACAAGUGUUAUCUGAAGCUGUCUCUCCAGAGGAAGAACAGAUCUUAGAAUAUUAGCCUUACAGAUUUGUCUAGUCUGUAGAUAUUUGAGAUCAGUGUCACUACAAAAUCAAAAAUGAUAAUAUACAAAUUCAGUAAGGGCUAAUACCCCUUAAGGAUGAUCGCUUUUGACAUGUUUGACUGUACUGAAUAAUGGGCUUUCCAUCCCGAGCCUUUGGGAUUACCUUUGAAUUGCAAUCUUCAUACCUAGAGAGAUUAUUCAAGCAACUAUAAGCCGUAUCAAUAAGCAGAAACGCGGGGAAAGUUAGUUUAAAAGACCAUUCUGGUGUCCCUUUGCAAUUGGGGCUGAAAGAAUUUUACUCAUGAAAAAGCAAUUUAUUUCAUAAUGCAACCGUAAGAAGUACACUUGGUUUUUUCAUCCUGCAAAUGGUAUGACAGGAUUUAAUACAUCACGCAAUUAAAAAAUGCAAACUAACAAACAGCAAAUGUUCUGAUCUAGUUUUCUUUUUAUGAAGUCUUACUUUUCUACACAUGUAACUUAUUCUACCCUGUACACCUCAGAGUUCUCACAUAGGUAAUCUUAUUCUUUAAAAUUAUUUUUCCUAUAUUUCCUUGAAAAAUGAGUCAAAAUAAAUUUUUAUCAGUUUUUAAAGCUUUAUGGGCCUCUACCCAAAAAA